CUGCCCGGGGACCCCGGGUGACAGGCGGGCUGGGGGUCUCUGCUAUGCCCAGCCCUGGGGGUGCAGCCCCUGGGUCCGGCAGACCCCCGGCACGAAGUACCGGCGGUUUAAUAUCAAAUUACUCCUGCUUUUUUGAGCGAUGCCCCCCAGAAAGCCCUCUCUGGGUUCAGGCUCCAAAAGCAGUUAAUAAAUUAAUUCUCUCCGAAGCGAAUCGCAGCUGGAGAGCAGGCAGGGGACGCACCAGCCUCCCCCCAACCCGGGGUCAGGGCCCGGCACGCCGUGGCUGGGGCAUAUCCUUAUUUUCCCCUUGUUUUGCAUCCAGGCAGGUGGAGAACGAGCACCUGCGCCCCGGGGAGAGAGCGCAGGACGUGACCCGGACUGAGGAGGAGGAGGAGGAGGAGGAGGAAGGCGAGUCUUCGCACUUCCACAAACCGUCCGCGGUCUCGGGCCUGUGAGUUUGGAGGGGACAGCAGGAGGGGACCCCGCUGGCACCGGGCCGGCAGCAGAUGCCCUCCGACACCCUCCUGGCUCCGCUUCCACCCGCGGCGGCAACGCCCGAGCCGUGGUGCUACACCGGCAGCGCGAAACCCCGCUCCUGCCCGGCCGGUCGGGUCGGUCUGGAUCCGCGAGGAGCCCUGCGGGAGCGGCCAGGGCGAAGCAUCGCCCCAGAGAUGUGCUGGGGUGCGGGGACCUGCUAAUGCCCGGCUGCCGUGGGGCUCCGCGGGCCUCGCGGGGGCCAGCACUGGCUGGAGGUAAGGAGAGAAGAGAGGUCGCGGUGGUGUUUAAAAGAUGACCUAUUAGUAAGUGUUAAUUGGUACCUGGAGCCUGCAGUGUCACAGGCACCUGAAUCAUCCGAGAGGGGACGAUGCCCCAGACGGCAGCGCGUGCAAUGAAGUUCCUCCGGCUCCCAAUUGCUGGGAGCCAGCAGGCUAUUUUUGGGAAGCAUGGCUGCAGGAUUUUGUCGGUCACGCGCCCUUCCCAGGGCACGUGCCGGAGUUGGGCUGGCUCUCCAGGCGGCUCAGCCCAGCCUUUCCCGUGGCCGCAUGGUACCUCUGCGCUGGCAGCAGCACGUGGCCGACUCGUUCUUCCCAGGCUGCUGCUGCGUCAAAGAUGCCAUGACUUGUCCCGUCACCGCGUUUGGCAGAGUGACGCUACUACCACCCAAAACGGGCUGAUGGAUGGCACGGGAUGGACCGGCAGUGCCCGGAGGUGGGAAGUCCUGGGAAAAUUAGGAAGCGGUGGGGCAUGAUGGAUGAGCUGGGUUUAGCCGUGGCCUGGAGAAGAGUGGGGAAGGCAGAGGUGAGAGCUCGGUGUGCCGGGAGCGGAGCAGCACAGCGGGCGUCCCGCCAUCUGCAAGAGCAGGAUUUCAGCUGGAAGAGCAUGGGUUGACCAGAGCAGGGGUGGGGGUGGGAGCCCAGCUGAGCCAUAAAGUACAUCCAGCCAAGCAAAGGACUCAAAAUGUACUUGGCUUUUACAAACUCCACUAACUAGCUGAGAUAAGACACGAUUCCCACUUUACAAGUGUGCACCGGCAAACACUUCCAUUAAAACAUCAGGCAGAAAGUCUCUGGCUCUCUAGUUGCGCAGAGACUGAGCUGGCAAUGUGACUCUGCUCUAACCAGCCCUGGCUGCAUCCACUGGAAACCUGGGCACAAGCGGCUGCCCAGCUUGGCAUAGUGCUGAGGGCAUCUUUCUGCCUGCUCACCAACGGGGAGAAGGCUUUCUGUGACCUAAGCUUAAAGUCUGAGAAGUCGUUACUGAAAACAGAUCAAAGGCAGCAGAGGCAGCCAGCAUCAGAUUGCUUAAAAAUCACGAGUUAAAAAUCUCUGCCCCUCUCCCAGAAGAAGAUGAGGAUGCGUACGGUCAUCUGGAGUUCAUACUGUAGAUCCCGUGCCUAAUGGCAGCAUCCUGUUACCUACUGCAUUUCUUGAUCCUCCUCAUGCACCUGUGCAAACCUUCUGGGAUUUUUUGAAUGCUUUGUAUGAAUUGGUGCUGAUUCAGCCGUUGGUAGCAGGUAGUCCUUUUCCCAGUGUGACAUCCCCAGGGUUUGAAGCCAGAAUGAUCAUAAUUUUGAUUCCCUUCCCUUCUAGCUUAAUUCUGAGAUUUUUUUUCUUUAAAGUUACUUCCACAGAGUAAAGUGAUCUGAAUUAUAAGUCUCCUCAAACAGCUUGCCCUGGAAGGGUUCAAGCAGCUCCGCCGUGGCUGGCCAGGCUGCGGGAUGUCCCCGACGCCCCCGAGAACCGUGUGGCAGUACGCUGAGUUGGCCUGGCUGUCCUCGUGCUUUGCUGUGGUGGCCCCAAAUCACAGCUCCCAUCUGAAUCCCGGCAGCCCGUGCACAGCUGGGUCCUUGGUGGAGAAGUGUUGGAGGCUGCGCCUGGACACCUCCCAUGGGGACGGUCCUUGUCCCCAUGAGGCGAUGGUGGAGCUGCUUCUCGGACAAAAGUGGAGGGACCGAGUACAGCCCCGUGGGCCCACGGGAAUGGGAGAUGGGGUGAGCCAGGGCGAGCCACUGGCACAGCCCCACUGCCCACGCCAUUGGCACGGCUGCCGCUGCCCGGGCAUGUUGCCAAAGCAUCGCUCACCACGUGGGAGAUCCCUGGACCUUUUACCAGCAGCCUGUGGCCGCAUGCUGCCCUCAGUACGGCAUGGCACGGCAAGGGGAGCGUGGCCCAGGGGUGCGGAGGUCAGGUGCCUGUGCUGCUGCUGCCAAAUUCACACUUGUGGAAGUGGGAAAAAGAGCCACCCCAUCAUUCGGGCAUUGGGCCAGGUAAGAGGUAAGAUUGCCGGAGUGCUUUUGUUUUGGAGUGCUUUUAUUUUGCAGUGCUCCGUAACACAGCAAAGUGUGGGUUUAUGUGCAAAGCUGCCCGGCGGUGUGAGUUGCCAUGAGAAACCAUCGGGUUAAAGUGUGAGCAUCCCACUCCGUUCUGCAGUGGGCAUCUCGUGCGUGCGUGUCGUGCCCUCGUUGGGCCGAACAGUGAAAAACACAGCCACUGCUCUGAGCGGGAAUGGUGAGUCCCCUUCGGUGGGUGUAUUUUGAUAUUGUUCUGGUGGUAUCGCGCACUCACAGCCGCGAUUUCCCCACCUCGCAGGUGUUACCUGUUCAGUUUGUUCCAGUGGCAGCACCAGGUUAAAUCACCCCCUGGACAGACCUGGCAGGGUUUGGAGAGGGUUUGAAAGGGUAGGGGCCAGGACAACCCUGGGUUUCAGUCUGCAAAGGCUCCUAGAGACACCUGCUCUCUCUCCUUUCCAGCUAAUCCCAUUGUAAUCCUUUUAUAAAAUUUCACCUGCCUUUAAAAGUCUGCUGCUGCCCUUUUGGAAGGACGAACCUGUUUUCCAAGCGAUAAUUGCACUGCCCAUCUGCCAAGGGCAGGCAUAUCUCA